CCCUUUUCCCGUUGUGCUCAUGCAAAUUCUCCGGCUUAUCGCUUCAUUAGCGUCUCAAGAACGUCCAACCCUGUGAAGCAGCAGCCAGCGUUAUCGGGAAUGACUAAAGUCAGUAUGAUAUAGAUAUGAGCGGACAAUCGUAUGAUAGUCGGUCGCAUAAGACGCAAGGAUCAUUCGGCCUCAAUACCUCGAUAACGCCUCCCUCGAUGUCGCCAGCCCAUUCCUUACAGUCAAACUCGGAGAAGCGUCAGGGCCAACGUGUAAUGCCCCGUACAUCAUCAAUCGACUCUGCAAUAUCCUCUCUAUCAUCUGCGUCACAGACCAACAAAUCUUCUUUCGAUGCUAAUGCGCUGAGUGAGGCCGACAUCGGAAAUCUAAUAGCUACUGCCGGAUCCGCUGAAGCUGUUAUAAUACAUUUGCUCAAAGAAAAGCAUCAUGCAGCAACGCAAAAUUCCCAGCUCUGGAGGCUGGUUGACAAGCAACGCACACUCAUUUUGGGACUGAACAAAGACCUUGAACGCCAAACAAAGGAGAAGGAUCGGUACAAGAAAAAGGUUAAAGAACUACAGAGUCUGCCACCGCCGCUACCGAAUCCGACGAGCGAGUUCAAAUCAUCUGGACGGGCCGACGUUGGCGCCACUACCUUUGCUCAAGAACAGCCUAAAGACUUUCUGUGGGAGGAUCGAGCAGCACUGCCAGAUAAUGCAGGUCUUGAUGUUCAUGAUAGCAGUAAUCGCCUGCACAGCGUGCUUGCAAUUGACAAGCAGAACGCCUUCAAGCCGGUGAAAGUGCCUGAGCAGCAUACGGAUGGGAGUCUCUUAACACAAGGCUACCAAUCCACAUAUAAUACCAGUCAGGAGCUUUUUGUAUCCAAUCCAAACGGCCUCGCAAGAUCUAGCUCGGUCGACAAUGAUUGUAGACCCAGCGGUGGCAGUUCACAGAGGGUGUCUCAAUCAAUUCGAAAGCCCCCUCCGUCGCCACUUAAUCUCGGCCAAAAGGACCAUAACCUCGCUUACAACAUGGAAGAUUCUGAUUCGGGUUCCGAGUAUGAGGAUAUCUUGACAGUGGAGGAGUUUCCUGCGAAGCGCGGCAGGAGACGGACAAGAGAUGAAGACGAUCAGGAUCGUGAGGCGAUUCGUGCAACAACCCAGAGUCCUGUCCAUGAAAGCUCGGUUCAACGCGGACAUAGUACACCGGGCGCUAGACAAUUUUCAAACUCACAGCAGUCACCGCCCACCAAUUAUACGGACCCCAGUAAUUCAAGCCAUGUAAUGGCACGUGCAGGGUCAAAUCACCAACGUCCCACUAUCACCAUCCCGAAGAGCCCUGGGCUACCACUAAGUCCUCGACCUGAAGAUCGUCCACUUGGAUCCCCUUUGCCGCGUUUGCCCAGGGAUAUUCCCACCUUGGUUUCCUUACCCAAAUCUUCUGAGAGCACGCUCUCCGGCUUGGCCCUGUCCCCUCGAAAUGUUAAUUAUCCCAUGUCAUCUGCUUUGGGCCCUACUACUCUAACAAAUGAAAGCGCUGGGUAUAGCUUAGCUUCCGUCGACUCAAUUGGUCAACAUCUUCCCUCAAUCGAUGGAGCUGUUAAGGUAGAUAUAUUUCAGUCUUCUUUGAGUUUCAAUGGAGUCUACCAAGGCUUCAUCUCUGAAAAUUAUCCAGGCCUUUUGCUGCCCCCUAAUGCGCUGCCCCUGGUCCAUGUCAGGGUAUCAUCUUCGCGCUUGCGGCCCUCCAGGAACAGUUACCUGGCUCCAAGGCCAUCGGAAGAGGAGCCAGUAUUUACUUUAGGUGUAUUCUCUAGGUCAGACAACAGAGAGCUCUGGCGUGUUGAGAAAGUCAUUGCAGCUCUUCCUCUUCUAGACCAACACUUGAGGCAGCUAGUCUCUUGGGGAAGCAGGUUACCAGACCGGUCCAUCUUUAGCGGGCAUUCACCUGCCAAAGUCGAUGCGAGGCGUGCCCUCUUGAACUCUUAUUUUGAAACUCUCCUUGAAACGCCAAUGGAUGAAAAGGCAGCAUUGAUAUUAUGCCAGUUUCUCACUUCUGACGCGAUUGAAGCUCGGGACGAUGAAUUGAGCCUCCUCAAAGGCAAUAAUCUAGCUGGAAUUGAGAUUCGGCGAGGUCCAGAUGGCAAACCUCGCAAAGAGGGCUAUUUGACCAAGAGGGGAAAGAAUUUUGGCGGAUGGAAAGCCAGAUACUUUGUUCUCCAUGGCCCUGAAUUCAAGUACUUCGAAUCGCCAGGUGGGCCUCAUUUGGGAACAAUUAGGAUAUUGAGCGCUCAGAUUGGCAAGCAGUCUUCAAAUCCAAGCAGCCAACCAGCUUCCCCGUCUCGCCUUGAGGAUGAUACUGAUAAUCAGUACCGACAUGCUUUCCUCAUACUCGAACCGAAAAAGAAAGAUUCCACUGCUCUUGUUCGUCACGUUUUGUGCGCUGAGAGUGAUGAGGAGAGAGAUGCCUGGGUUGAUGCGCUGCUGGAGUACGUGGAUGUGCGAAUGGAAGACAAUGAAGGACCCUGUAACGCAUCCUCAAAAGCACAAACGCCUUCUGCGAAGCCAGCUCUAAACGCGCCUACAAAGUCUAGGCUAUUUCCCAAUACUAACUCCAAGAAACAGAACAAGGGCCUCGAUAACUCGGAUGCCGAAGGCAUCGAUGCUGUCCAAGGAUUUAGUUAUGAUGACGCUGUCCCUGCUGAACCGCCCGUCCUUGGACCCGCCGUUGAUAGACAGACUCCUAAAUCUCCUCUGGUCUUUUCAGGGUCCCCAACAGAGAGUCAAGACUCCGGUCAGGAUUAUGGCCAAGUUCCACCGAAAGUAAUUUCUGGUCCUACUAAUGGAACAGUGAUACAAGACGCAGGGGCCUGGGGUAACAAAACUGCAACAAGCGUCAAGGAGAAGAAGAGGAGUAUAUGGGGAUUUCGCACGAGAUCAUCAAUGGAUUUAGCCUCACAGCUUCAGGCAGCCUAUGACAACCCGUCACCUCAUAUUAUCAGUACUCCUGAAAGAAGAGACUAUGUCAGGCCCGUGUUUGGUCUGCCGUUGGCCGAGGCAGUGCAAUUCUGUUCACCCCAGGGCCUUGAUGUUGAAUUACCGGCCGUGGUUUACCGAUGCAUAGAGUAUCUCAAAGCCAAGGGUGCAGAGUCCGAAGAGGGAAUAUUUCGAUUGAGCGGGUCCAAUGUUGUUGUCAAGGCUCUCAAGGAACGGUUUAACAAUGAAGGUGACGUGGACUUUCUGGCUGAUGAAGAGUAUCAUGAUGUGCAUGCUGUCGCAUCUUUAUUCAAACAAUACCUCCGGGAGCUUCCCACGACCGUCCUAACCCGUGAACUGCACUUGGAGUUUUUGCGAGUCCUCGAGCUCCAGGAGAAGAAGCAGAAAAUCUAUGCUUUUAAUGUCCUUGUGCACCGAUUACCCCGGCCGAAUCUUACUUUGCUACGUGCAUUGGCACAGUUUCUGAUGAUUAUCGUCAAUAACUCGGACAUUAACAAGAUGACCAUUCGAAAUGUCGGCAUUGUAUUCGCGCCCACCCUCAACAUACCAGCGCCAGUCUUCUCCACUUUUCUCACUGAUUACGAAGAGAUAUUCGAUGAGCAACCAGUUAGCAAUGGGACAUCAAAAACUCGUGAUGAAAACUUUUCAGUUCCAGAAGCGUCCUCUUUCCCUUGUCGUCAGGUGCUACCAGAUGCUGGGACGUCUACUCUCAGUCGGACAGCGAAUCGGGAGCAAACAGCACAUAAUACUUCUGCGCAUGCAGAGUGUGUUCCUAGCUUUACGCAACCAAGCUACAAGACUUCCGUUAAUAAUGUUGGCUCGGAGGGGCCUCAAUUGAAUCAGUCAAGUUCGCCUACUGUCAACAGAAUGUUAUCGCCGAAUGUGGACAGCACUCGUUCAACCAAGGCCAAAAGGAGGGAAAGCUCUCUUCUAUUCAUGGACAUCAACCAUAGCUUUUCACCUCAAGGGCAAGAUGACUAAGCUGGUUGGUAUGAUCUCGGCGCUUCAUGCAAUGCAGCUGGGACGAAUCGACCCUACCCAGGAUUUCCUGGCUACUGCCAAGUUCCACGCUCUGUAUCAACACACCACUUGUCGACUUGGUCAUUGGUAACUGUUUAUAUACUUCCAGUCACUCUUCAUUUUUGAUGUUACAUCACUCGUCUCUAUCUUUCAUCGCCGUCCUCCCUCUUCCGUUACCUGCCUUGCCUUUCGCUGGUUGAUUAGCCUUCGAUACGGUAUCCUUCCAUCCGUCGAGUUCAAGCAGCAUACCCCUGUCCGGAUGACUAGCCCUCGAAUGAGUACAAAAACGGCUCUGCAUUCAAUCAGGUUUUCCAAAGGCACGGCGGGGAAUGCUUAAUGCUAAUGAUAAUAUGAAUAUGGCGUCUUUCUUUGCUUGCUUCCUUUGUCCUUUGUGUUAUCUCUUCGAUACCGAGCUUCGUGAACUG